UCCUCCAUCCAGCAGCCUUCCUCCAUCCAGCAGCCUUCCUCUCUGACUACAGACCUGAAACAAAGAUGGGAGGCUCUCAAAGCGUAAUUAAUAAUAUCACUAUCAGUCCAAAUAUAACUAGAAAUGCCUUGAGGCAGGAUCCUGGGAACCACAUUCCUUUUAAAGUGAAAGUGGGAGCUGAAGAAAAGUCUUUGUUACUCCACUACUCCAAUGAAGAGUGUGAUUACACAAAUGCAAUCACCAGGAUCCAGUUUUCCUUCUCAGAGCGAAUGGCUGAAGGUCUGGAAGCUGCAGGGUUCACCAAGAUCGAAGUGAAUUGGAAUCCUAGCAAGGAUGGUAGCCCCAUCUACAUGUGGUACCUCCAAGGUAAAACUCCAUAUGAUAUUCCAAUCGUGGAUUUAAAUUUUAGCUGUGAUGCAGCAGAUGAUGCUCUACUACUUCAGCCUUUGUGGGAGAGGUGUUCCAUUGAUGUGGACCGGGAUGUUGGAGGAAACUGGUUCCACCUGUGGAUGAAGAGGGCACUUCGACCCUUCAUCUGUGAUGUCACCACCUCUGAUAACAGCGCUUCAGACGCUGAAUUGUUUCGUCAAGGUUACACCCGAAUUGAUGAAACCACCAACAGAGGUGCAGGAGGAGCGGAUGUCUUCAUCUUUUACCGUCAGACCCCUUAUCCUGUCGCUCUCGAAGAAGGUCUGGCAAUCAGAGAUCUGCAGGUCUCUCUUAAUCAGGAGGAGGAAAAAACAUAUAAGAGUCAAGGGUAUGAUCGAGCGCCAACCAACCUGAACGAGGGAACCGCUGGGCCUCAUGUGUUUCUUUGGUACAAAAAACAGAUCACAGAACCUGCAGCGAGUCAAAGCUUUAAGGACCAGAACCAGAACCUGAGGUUUAACCAAGAACCGGUUCCCAGGAACUUCAACAAGCUCCUGGGAAGAAAUAAAAGAAUCUGA